CCUCAAUAGGUAAUCUCAAGGUGAUUGGAGAUCCUUUUCAUAAGUCCAACCAAGACUGUGAAGAAGAAGAAUAUCUCAACAUUGAUCACAGGUUAAUUGCUUUGGAGGUGUAGCAGGAGGUUCCGGAUCUUCUGGAGGUGCAAUUAGAGGUUCAAGAGCAGCAAGGAGGUCCAUCUUGAUAGAGAAUAAUAAAUAAUAAUAGCGCGUACGAGAAUGAAGAGAAGAAGAAUCUUCUAUUUGUAUGGGGAUGAUUGAGAACGCGCCCACCCCGGACCGGAUUGAUGGUUAGAAUUCCACUAAAAUAUUAGGGUGGAACUACCGAAAAUUGAGGGUCAUACCAGCGCAAGUUCCCUCCGGAGGUGAGCUCGCAAUUGGCCGGUUUGAAGCCGCAACCGUCGUGGCGCAAGAGCUAGAAAUAGAAUCAUGAGUAUCCUAUGCUGGUCUUUCGUUCCUUGUCUAUUCUUCCCCCAUACGAGAAAGGGUGCUCGAAGUCAACCUAUCUAUCAUCCAUCCGUGUCUGUUCUGUUAAGCCAACUCAUCAGACAACGAUUUGGACCUCCACCAUUUGCCGGAUGUGGUUUGGUCGGUGAUACGCGUCCCCUUCCAGAAGUUCCACUCCAAGAAGCGAGAGGAUACGGAGCUAACGCCCAGAACAACGUCAACCAUUCCAUCUCUUGCGACAACAUCGUGCUGCGAUGGCGGGGGGAACGCUCAUUUUCUGUCUGUGAUCAUGUAAUCUUUCUAGCCUUCGAAGAGCUGCCGGAGCGCUAAGCGCAUGAGCAUACGUAACGUAAUCAACCACCUAACGCUCGUUUACACCUAACGCUCGCACAAAUCUUACCUCAAUCUCCAUGUUCAAACACCCACAACAUGGACCACGAAUCAGCUAUACAAGCAGUGAUUGAUGAUUCGAAUGACUCCUAAUUGCACUACAAGUCUACAACUGCAAAAAAAUAUGGAAUCAGUUAUCAUACAUUGUCACAGUGCUAUAAUAACCUCUAAAUAUCAAGAAAGAAAGCAAUCUCUAUUCACUGUCAAAAUCUUUCAAAUUUGCAAGAAGAACAGCUUCUUUUUCAUAUCAAUUGAUUGACAGAUUGUGAUUUCUCUUGUAUGUCUCAAAUUCUUCAUAAUCUCAUUGUUGAGAUUCUAAAAUUGUCUGUGAGAGUUAACUGAGUGUCAUGAUUCUUGUAAGAGGCCUAC